AUGGCAAACUUGAGUACACUUGUUAGUUGCAUUGCCAUCAUCUUCUUCAUUGAUGUCACACCUGCCUCCUCCGCCACUCAUUCUGUAGAAUGGUCUCUCGGAAAUGACUAUAGCUCCUUGGCUACUGGAAAACCAUAUGCUGUUGGCGAUACUAUCGUUUUCAAUUACGGUGCGGGUCACACGGUGGACGAAGUGAGUGAAAGUGACUACAAAAGUUGCACAUUGGGGAACUCAAUUUCUUCGGACAGUAGCGGAACCACAAGCAUAGCUCUCAAGACAUCUGGUUCCCACUACUUCAUUUGCGCUAUCCUCGGCCACUGCACUGGCGGCAUGAAGCUCUCUGUCAACGUAGGUGCAGCAGCCUCUUCCGGCGGUGGUGGGGAUGGGGCCACCGCCAAAACUACACCACCGCCAACCUUAGAAGGUGGAAAGGCUGCUCCUACUGCAUCUGCCACUGAUGUGUUGAAGCCAUUCGAGGUUUUGGUUGUGACUAGUGUAGUUGCGUUAUUAUAUGCUUUGGCUCUUUCUUAG